AAAACAACAACAACCCCCCCACUCCAAAUCUCUCUCUCGUCUGUCUUAUCCCUGCCGUGUGUAACCCGGUUGAUCGCCCCCCGCCAUGGCUCAGCAGCAGAUGACGAGCUCUCAGAAAGCCUUGAUGUUGGAGCUGAAGAGUUUGCAGGAAGAGCCGGUGGAAGGCUUCAGGAUCACUCUGGUGGACGAGUCCGACCUCUACAAUUGGGAAGUGGCGAUAUUCGGGCCCCCCAACACACUGUACGAAGGAGGAUAUUUUAAGGCUCACCUGAAGUUCCCUAUUGACUAUCCAUAUUCUCCACCUACCUUCAGAUUUCUGACAAAAAUGUGGCAUCCCAACAUUUAUGAGAACGGAGACGUUUGCAUUUCCAUCCUCCACCCACCAGUUGAUGAUCCUCAGAGUGGUGAACUACCUUCAGAACGGUGGAACCCCACCCAGAACGUCAGGACCAUCCUUUUAAGCGUCAUCUCCUUACUGAAUGAACCCAACACUUUUUCGCCAGCGAAUGUGGAUGCCUCCGUCAUGUUCAGAAAGUGGAGAGACAGCAAAGGGAAGGACAAAGAAUAUGCUGAAAUUAUUAGGAAACAAGUGCUCUCCACCAAGGCGGAAGCUGAGAAGGAUGGUGUGAAGGUUCCCACCACACUGGCUGAGUACUGCAUUAAGACUAAAGUGCCUUCCAACGACAACAACUCAGACUUGCUUUACGAUGACUUGUACGACGACGACAUAGAUGAAGAGGAGGAAGAGGAAGAGGACGCCGACUGCUACGACGACGAGGAUUCUGGGAACGAGGAGUCAUGACGUAAGACAGGCCAGAAAGGGAGCAGCGUAAACACUAGCGAGGGCUCAGCACAGGACUGGAUAGCUGCUGAGCCCUGUGGUGUGGAUCUCUGAAACGCUCCCUUUUUUUUAAAAUGGACCUCAAAACAACUCUGCAGAUUGUUUCUGAAUCCAACAUACUAUAAUCCCACUAUAUAAUGUAUCUGGAUCAGCUGUUUUCUCUUCAAAAGUUGUCCACACCCAGUUCUUACGCCUUCCUGGCUUAAAACAUGUCAUGGAAGCCUAUCUAUCUAAGCCCCAGAGAAUGUAGGUUUUGUUGGAGGAGGUGGGAUACGACUUAUUUGUAGCGUUCAGUAGUGAAAUGGACUACCACGGUUAAGCUGCUCCUGUCACAUAGUGUGCACCUCUUGAUAUUUUUCUCAACUAUGUGGUGAACAUUUUCUUUGGUGGUGGGGGUG